AUGGCAGAAACGCUACCUACAGACAAAAACGAUUCGAUUUCGAUGCACGAUUUUCUGGAAUUCUUGAAUGUAACUUGCCAAGUAAACGAUUCUUUCAAUAACUGUAAGAAAAAUCUGUCAACCUUCGACUACAAUCAACUAGCUCGGAAUGAGCUGGUAAGUAACAUCCAACAGAAAAACCUUCAGGAUGGUUGUAAUCCCACCGAUGGUACAUCAGUUGCGUCACCUAUAAAAAACCCGACAGUCUCAAUGGUUUUGGCAAAAAAGGAUUCAAAAGGUACUGAUGACAAUGCCCUCGUCGUCCUGCGAUCACCGACAGGAAAAAAAAUGGUGAUGAAAAAGAGAAUCAUUUUACAAAAAUCACAAAAAAGUAAACCCGAACCACAGGAAGUUCCGAAAAGUAAAGUUGAAACUAUCCUGAACGAAAAACUGGACGUGGUGCUUAACGAAGGCAUACUCGACUCUGUGCUGCCAUUCGUUUGUCCCUCGAAUGGUUCCGGGUAUCAUCAUAGGGGAGCAUCAGGACAAAAAGCAACCGGAUCCAGUCCACAUGCCGUACAUACUGCUACUAAUAUGUCUAUCGGCAUUGGCGUAGGCGGAAAUAAAUCUGGAACAGGAGGAACCUCGUCACCCGAUACCCAGCUACCGAAUAUCGGGGGCGUUGGGGGGAAAAAAUCAACUAUUUCCGCCGUAGGCGAUGUUUCACAGAACUUUUUGAUCGCGAGCAGCUCCACAAAGACUGGCAUUCGAAGAAAGUCUUCAAUUGCCCAGAUUGCAAUUCCGGACAGUCGCUCCGAGCCGGAGGUCAUUAUACAUGUGUGUGAUGAGGUGAAAGGUUCUUCAAAAGAUUUUACGUGUCCGCAGAAACUGUUGGUCUCCAAGAUGGGCUAUUUUGCGGACGUUACAGCCGGACAGCGGCUUGAGGAUAUGGAUAUCUCGGUGCACUGCGAUCUGCAGAUCUUCGAGUGGCUCAUGAAAUGGGUGAAGAGGGAGUCAGUGAUGCAAGAAGACUGGCCGGCUCUAGAUCCAACCAAUGUAAUUCCAAUAUUGGUUUCGGCUAGUUUCUUGCAGAUGGAACCUCUUCUGCUCGACUGUCUGUCGUUUUGUCACGCUCGACUUAACGAGGUCGUAAAGGCUUCUGCAAAUCUAGCCUGCUUGAACGAUAGCAUCAUAACCAGACUUGCGGCUAUGUUCACCAACCUCGAGUUAGAGCUGGUAAAGGAUAAAAAAGAUCGCAUUGCACCUCGUCUAUGGACUAAGCUGAUACAAUGUCUAUGCGAAAAUGAACCACAAGCUCUACGAGGACACUAUGCAACGUUGGUUGGAAUGUUUCGAUGCUUAAAGUGCGGUAAGUUUCUAACUCAAACGGUCGCCACGUAUCUGCACUGUCUGCCGCAAAAUAUUCGCCUCAAUCGCUGGGGUCAACUUAUAAGCGCGCAUAUGAAGGACACCUCCUGGAACGUCACUAACUACGUUUCGAGCUUGCAUAAAGAAUUGCGCUCUUGGCGCAAGGUUUAUUGGCGUCUUUGGGGCAAUUGCCACUUUCUCUACUGUUCAACCUGCGAUACGCACUUCCCUGUGAGCCAGAUGAUGUGGUGUCAGUAUCAUCCAGAGCAACCCCAAUUUCUUGGACCAGCAGCUGAAGGACGAGUAGCAGGGCCAGCCGGGCGUUUUCCUUGCUGUGGUAAACAAGCGUAUCGUUACGAAACGUUACCGGGACCAACGGGAUGUCUUUUUCGCGAGCAUACCGUGCAAGUGGAUACUGAUCGCGAUCGUGCGGUAUUACAGCUAGCGCUUCACGCCUCUGAUGGUGGCUGCCUAUAUGAGUCUCCUCCCUUCAAACAUCCAAAUUCAUCGGCAGAUCCAUGGUGGAACGGGAUCGGUAUCCUACCACACCGGUCGCGUCAGGGUUUGUUGCCGACGUUUCACGUCGAUAGUGACGCUAUAUUGCAUAAUCGUUCAAAUCACAGAAAUAUGUCACAGUCCCUGCUGGAUACUGAAAGCGAUUCUGACUCAGAGGAAUACGACAAGUCCGCUACGAAUCAAAGUCGCAGCACUACCAGCAGCUCCGACGGAGAAGAAUCGGAGUACAGCAGCACGCCCUCCUUCCAUCAACAACACCAUCUUCAGAAUCACCAGAGUAAUAAGGAUAUUCGAAGAAAAUCGAAACUUUCAUACGGUCGAAACUGGGCGGGCGAUAUGUCCGCUCGGAGCAAUCAGGACAACCAGCGAGAAUUUGAAGAGCGUGCGAUGAAACAAAUAAUCGCUAUGGUUGGAAAGAGAACGGGAGGAGAGCCAAAUCUGCAGUACCAGGCCUACCAGCAUGGUGGAUUGUACAUCAGACUCGAGAUAGAUUGGCGUGAAUCGAUUAAACAAAAAAAUCUUUCCAGUCUUAAGAUUAAAACAAACGGUUGCCAAAAAUGA